UGCCAUAGUAACCAAGGCAAUCAGUCCAAAUGAAGAACAGUUGAGGGAGUUUACGUGUGGUUUAAAUGAGAGUAUGUUCAGCUCUGCUAAAACUGCAUAGAGAAUGGCUCCUGUGGAUGUAAUGAGGUUCUUUGUGCUCUGUUUUUGGUUCCUCCUGGUCGGUCAUGUGAACUGCAGAACCACACAUAAAGGUGACUUGUUGCAUAACCAGGCAGGAGAGUUCGAUGUGGACUUCCGCAGUGACCCCCCUGACCGUGAACCGUGGCCUUUUGGUUUAAGUAGACUGACAUUGGGUCGCAGGAUGCCACGCCGGCAAAUUGGCGGCUUUAACAACUCUAAAAGAGAAUCCGAAACUCUUCAUCCUCGCACAUUUUCAAGGAAGGUUCCAAAAGGUCAACUAUUUCAAUCCGGCUUCAACCCACCUGGUCGGAAACAGGCCUCGUUUUCUGAUAACAAGUUUCCUAGAUUAGGUUCCUAUUCUGUAAUUGGUGCAGGUCAGUUUGCCUCACGUCGUUCUGAGAAGCAGAAAGCUCCGGUUGGUGUUUACUCACACGGCAGUGCAUCCCAGUCCAACACCAGACCCUAUGCUAGACUCGCCAAACCUGUCAGCAACAAGGUGAGCUCCAUAGUCAAAGGGCUAACUGUGGGCAACCAGAUGUCCGCUCAAACAGUUUUUAUCAGUGAUAGGAAGUCUAAAGGAAGGGGAUACACCCAUGUCCGACAUUUCAAGCCUUGGUUGGACAGAACGGAACCGAGCUCUGGCUCUGGAAACGUGAAGUUCCGAAACCAGAAUAAGGGACGCCCGGAUUCAACAAGAGUAAGCGGGACAAAUAUCUAUUAUCAAUCCGUAGACAACCAGUUUAUCAGAUGGCUUUCUCUACCCAAACAAGUCGCAGUCCAAGGCAAGUUCCAACCUUUCCAAAGACUUUCUCAUCCCCCAACUGUGAUCCAUCCUUCCAGUGAAAAAACUCUUCUUCCUACCACUUCACUUCCUGUUCCUGUUAAUGCUACUACUGGUGGAACAGUUGUCCCUCUUACCACUGUAGCGAUGAAGACUACACCGUAUUCGACGCACAGCGAGACUCUCCUACCUCAAUCAACAGAAGCUCCUUCCGAACUUCAAACAAAACAAAACAAAGAUGUUGGUACAACUACUUUUGAGCAGACAUGGAUUGAACACACAGAUGUUACAGAUAAGUAAACACGAGCCACGUCAGAGGUAUGUUUUGGUACUGAGUUAUUGCAACAACUGGCAAUGCUUGUGAAUUUGGUGGUUAUGUGAACCGAGUCCUAACAUU